AGCUGUGUGUCGCCCAGCUGAGGAGGAGUUUGUGGUAAGUUUCAGGAGUUUUUCAGGGCAGAACCAGACAGCGCCGGUAUGAAGUUUCUAUGAGGCGGCUGUGAGCUGGAUCAGAGGAGGGAGAGAAAGGCAGGAGAACAAGCUGUUUACUCUGGCCCAGAGGUCGCCAUGUUUUCCCUGUCGGAGCUGGCACCUCUGAACCAGCAUCAGAGCCGCUUUAAGCUGCUGAAGCCCUGGUGGGAGGUGUUCAUGGACUACCUGGUGGUCCUCAUGCUGAUGACAUCUGUCCUGGCUUGUACUGAGCAGCUGUCCAGGGACAGAGUGGUGUGCAUUCCCUUGAAUCCACUUGUCGCUGCAAAUAGUAGUGAGCGGAAUCCGUCAUCUGGUGAGGACGCGGCACUGUCGCCGUCUUCAAAGCCCCCAACCCACGUGCCACCCAACAUCCAGAACCUACAUCCUACAGCCCGGGGCCGACGCACACAUCUGGUCUACCAGCAGUAUGUUUACAUCAGCCAGGUGUGCUACCAUGAGGCUUUGCCCUUGUGCUCCCGCUUCUUCCCCUAUAUGGCCUUGCUGCAGACUCUAGUGCUCGUAGCCAGUGGCUCCUUCUGGCUCCACUUCCCCCACACCUCCGCCCGCAUAGAGCACUUCCUGGCCAUCUUGGCUAAGUGUUGCGAGUCACCCUGGACAUCUCAGGCUCUGUCACACGCUGCCCGGCAGGAGAGCAUCCAAGACAAGGAGGUGAUGGAGGAGAGACGACCGCCCCAACCUCAACCCUCUGUGAGGUCAUAUUCACCCCCAGAGACCCGUACGAGACAAUCAAGCGUAGACUCGGGCGCAGACAUCCCACUUUUGAAGUGGUCAGAUAGUGGGUCCACCACUGCCCCUCCAUCCCCGUGUCCCUCCACACUCUCCUGCAACUCCACUGUGUCGUCGAUAUCCCACGGCUCCCAGGAUCACUUUCUGCAUUCCAAGCCUGUAAUGGUUGAUAGUCCCAGGCAGGUCAUCCGUCUGGAUAAAAGUGACGGAGAACAGGCCAGGGCGCUGUUCGAAAGGGUCAGGAAAUUUCGGUCCCACUGUGAAAGCUCAGAUGUCAUCUACAAGGUCUACUUGGCUCAAACAAUAUUCAAACUGCUGAUGGUGACUCUGAUCAUGAGUUACACCAUCCCCAUUCUCAGCUCCUUCUCCUUCACCCACACCUGUCACCCUAAGGAGUGGGCCUUGGUGGGCUACACUACCUUCGAGUGUAUCCAUGUGCUCUCCUCCCUUAUACGCAAGCUCCUGGUGGCUUACCUGACGCUACUGGGCCUGUACGGCCUGCUGAAUGUUUACACCCUCAGCUGGAUUUUACACAGCUCUCUGCGCCAGUAUUCCUUCCACUCUCUGAAGGAGUUGUGCUCCCUGGCAGACGUUCCUGACCUGAGAAACGACUUGGCCUUUCUCUUACACAUGUUGGACCAGUACGACCCUCUGCUGGCCCAGCGUCUGUCUGUUUUCUUGUCCCCUGUCAGUGAGAGCAGGCUGCUGGAGGAAAACCUGGAGCGGCGCUGGGGGGAGGAGAAGCUGCGGGCCAUAAUGAGUGUGGAUGCAGAGGGCUGCUCCAGACUCCAGCUGGUGGCCCUGCCCCGCCUCCCUCCGGCCCUCUUCACCCUCAGCCAGCUUCAGGUCCUCAAACUGGAACUCAUCACAGAGGCCAGGUUUACUGCGCAGGUUGCCAACAUGACCUCACUCAGGGAGCUCCACCUCUAUCACUGCACAGCAGCUGUGGAUCCCGGUGCUCUCGGGGUCCUCCAGGAGCGUCUGGAGGUCCUCCACCUCACCUUUACUCAGGCAUCAGAGAUCCCCAGCUGGGUCUUCUCCCUCCGCAGCCUGCAUGAGCUGCACCUCUCUGGCCGCCUGAGUAGUGACGGUGGAGUGGGCCGCAGCUGGGCAUUGGGGAGCCUCCGCCACUUGCGUCACCUCCGGGUGCUGGUGAUUCGAGGCAUGUUGCAGCGGAUCCCUGGGGAGCUGUGUGAGGUGGCUGGCAGCCUGGUGAGGCUGGAGAUCUACAACGAGGGGACCAGGCUACUCGUCCUGACAGGCUUGAAGCGGAUGGUGGACCUGACAGAGCUGCUGCUGCAGGACUGCCAGCUAGAGCGUCUGCCCUCUGCCCUGCUGGCCCUCACCAACCUGCGCACGCUCGACCUGCAGCACAACAAUUUGAGAACCCUGGAAGAGCUGCUCAGCCUGGCUCAUCUGCGACGCCUCUCUUGCCUCAGACUUGCCUUCAACCGUGUUCUGGCACUGCCGGCAAGUGUUGGUGUGCUGCGAGGCCUAGAGCUCCUAGAUCUAUCCAACAACCAGCUGCAGAGCCUUCCCCCAGCACUCUUCACUCUACGCCGCCUUCGUAGGCUCCUGCUGGCUGGUAACCUGCUGGAGGUGCUGCCUGCAGAGGUGAAGUCACUGCAGCUGCUAACAGAGCUGGACCUCAGUGGAAACAGGAUAGAGCUCCUUCCCCCUGCGCUAUGUAACAGCUGUCUGGAGCUGCGCAUCCUUAAUGUGGCCCACAACUCUCUCAGUUCACUACCGAGAGGCAUUGCAGCUUUAAGUCAGUUGUGCAGGUUGGACUUGCGCAGCAACAGCCUGGAGGAACUGCCUGCUGAAUUGGGGUGCUGCUCAGGGCUGUAUGGAGGUGGCCUCCUGGUGGAGGACUGGCUGUUUCUUUCUUUGCCUCCCCACAUCAGGGACUUCCUGAGCCGAUCUUGCCCCACCUCUGGUACGUACUCAGAGGGUCAUUCCAGGCCCGAGUCCGACAGUUUCCCUUACUUCUCUCCCACACAGUGGAGCUUCUCUUCUGCUCUGGAAUCCCAGAUAUAAGACUGACCAUCUUACUGCUAGCAUUAUCUAAACACUAAUAGUAUUCCCUCCUUUUUGUAAACUGUUUGUUAUACUCUGUAAAUGUGAUUCUUAUUUCGCAAUGCUUUAUCUACUACUUAUAAAAUGUAGAUCCUGUUACCCCUUUUAAAGUGAAGCUUAAACAACUAUUAAAAUUGCAUUUACGUUUUAGCCAACAUAGUACACAUUUACCGCACAGAUUUUGUACGACAUUGAAAUAAAUGAGUGUUCACUAAGUUCACGAGGGAACAUUUUUUUUCUCAGAUGUAGUAUUUGUUGCAGGACUGUUUAUAUGUAUAUUUUUUAAUUAUAUAUACUGAAACUGCAAAAACCCAUGUUGAUACCUCAAAAGAAUAUUUCUAGUCAGUAUUAAUGUCUGUGUCAUUCCCACUAAGGAACAUGCAGUUUCUAGUUUCUAACUGUGACCACUUGAGAGCAAUAAACCUCAUUAUUUCUUA